CAGCCGUGCGGGAAGCUCCGGGCCCGUAAGGCAGACAUGCAAAGCCCCCCGCUCCGCUCGCUCGGCCUCUCUGAGGUAAAAAGAAGGAAAGACCCAGAACGUUAUCGGGCCCGCCGGCUCUCAACCCGUGCGCAUGCGUCUUGCAGCACUUCCGCCUUCCCUGCGAUUCCGUUAUCGCGCGAGACUACGCUAUCGAAGAUGGCGGCUGCUGGCGGAGGGGGGAGUCGCAGCGCAGCAGUUAAGACCGGCCAGAUAAUGGAGACAGGGAGCGGCGGCAGCGGCGCCACAGAGGAGCCGCCGGGAGGCUGCUCAGACACCGUGCUGCCGGGGUUCAGGGAUGCCGACUCCUUCGUCAAGCAUGCGCUUGGCACUGUGGUGGCUGCUACUAAGGCAUCUAAUGGGCUCCCUCAGCCUGGAGAUGAAUAUGACUUCUAUCGCAGUUUUCCUGGAUUUCGGGCAUACUGUGAAACGCAAGGUGACAGGCUGCUUCACUGUAUGAGCAAGGUGAUGCAGUAUCAUGGCUGUCGCAGUCACAUCAAGGAUCGCAGCAAAGCAACAGAGCUGGAAGAUAAAUUUGAUUUGCUGGUUGACUCCAAUGAUGUAAUUCUUGAAAGAGUGGGUAUUUUACUGGAUGAAGCAGCAGGAGUGAACAAGAACCAGCAGCCUAUCCUCCCUGCAGGGAUGCAGCUCCCAAAGACAAUAGUUUCCAGCUGGAACCGUAAGAGUGGAGAAUCCCACAGAACAAAGUCUGAAACCUUCCGAUUGCUACAUGCCAAGAAUAUCACUCGACCACAGCUCAAAUUUCGAGAGAAGAUUGACAAUUCCAAUACUCCCUUUGUACCUAAGCUUUCUGUCAAACCCAACGCUCUGAAACCACUGCCUGAAGCACUUGCAAAAAGCAGGCAGGAGCGAAAGGAGCGUCCUGAGGACUUGGAUGUACCAGCUGCUCUGGCAGAUUUCCUCCAUCAACAGAGAACUCAGCAGACUGAACAAGACAUGUUUGCUCACCCUUACCAAUAUGAACUGGAACAUUUUGUUCCACCAGAUGAAACUCUCAAGAAACCACAACUCCAGAUGUACAGGCCUGUUGAGGACGCACCCUGCCAUUUUAUCUCCACCUUGGAUGAGUUGGUAGAACUGAAUGAAAAGCUUGUAAGAUGUAAAGAAUUUGCUGUGGAUUUGGAGCACCAUUCCUACAGGAGUUUCCUGGGCUUGACAUGUCUGAUGCAGAUUUCCACCCGGAUGGAAGAUUUCAUUAUUGACACCCUGGAGCUACGUAGUGACAUGUACAUUCUGAAUGAGGCCUUCACGGACCCUGCUAUUGUAAAGGUCCUUCAUGGUGCCGACUCAGAUGUGGAGUGGCUACAGAAGGAUUUUGGUCUGUACUUAGUGAACAUGUUUGAUACUCACCAGGCUGCCCGUCUCCUCAACCUUGGCAGGCACUCCCUGGACCACUUGCUAAAACUCUAUUGCCAUGUGGAAACUGACAAGCAGUAUCAGCUGGCUGACUGGAGGAUUCGCCCUUUGCCAGAGGAAAUGAUCCAGUAUGCCCGAGACGACACUCACUACCUGCUCUACAUUUAUGAUAAAGUGAGAGAGGCACUGUGGGAAAGAGGAAACAGACAGCCCACUCAGGUGCAGGUGGUGUGGCAGCGCAGCAGGGACAUCUGCCUGAAGAAAUACAUCAAACCUGUCUUCUCAGAGGACUCCUACCUUGAGCUCUACAGGAGGCAGAAAAAGCAUCUCAACACGCAGCAGCUAACAGCUUUUAAAUUGCUAUUUGCCUGGAGGGACAAGAUGGCACGCCAAGAGGAUGAGAGUACAGGGUAUGUGCUGCCAAACCAUAUGCUACUGAAGAUAGCAGAGGAGCUGCCCAAAGAACCCCAGGGCAUAAUUGCUUGUUGCAACCCGAUCCCACCACUAGUCCGCCAACAGAUCAACGAAAUGCAUCUUCUCAUCCAACAGGCCCGAGAGAUGCCUCUGCUCAAGUCUGAAACUGCAACCACGGUGAAGAAGAAAGGGUCUCUGCUCAACCCAGAGAGGCUGGAGAAUCAUUUGUUUGGACCUCAUGACAAUUCUCGUGUUCCUCUGGAUGAUAUUCAGAACCUCUCAGCCUUAGAACCUGCACCAGUUCUGGAAUGUGGGAGCCUCUUUUCAGACAGCGAUGGGGAGAUGGACAGCACAAGGGUAUUACCUAAUUCCACAUGUCUUGUUGCUACUGCAACCAUCAGUAUAUUCAGUGAGCCUGAUGUGGAUGAAGGGAAUGAGAAGAACUUAACAGUAGCACAGCAGAAGGCUCAACGCAUAAUGGAGUCCUUUGAAAAUCCGUUCAGAAUGUAUCUGCCUUCAGAACAGAACCCUGCCCACAUCUCACAAUCAGCAAAGUUUGACCCAUCAUCAAAAAUUUAUGAAAUCAGCAAUCGGUGGAAGUUGGUGAGUCAGGCACAGCUGCAGAAGGAGGCAAAAGAAGAAGCCAAAAAGAAAGCAGUACAGCAGAGAGCCGCUCGCGAACAGGUGCAGAAGGAGUGCAAAGCAACAGCAGAAAAUAUUGUCUCAGUCCGUCAGCAAGCUGUGCAGGAAAAGGCCAGCAAGAAGAGGGAGAGAAUCACCAGUGAACCAGGAACAGAGACACCAAAACAAGAGAAGAAACGGCCAAAAGCCUCCCAGCAGCCAGAGGAGCAGGAAAUGCCAAAGCAGUUCACCCCCUUUGAUUACAGCAAGUCUAACUUCAAAGUGUUUGCUGGAAACGGCAAAUCCAAGCAGUCAUCCCAGUUUGAUCCAGCCAAGCAGGCCCACACAGGCAAGAAAUUCUCCGGAGCCAACAAACUUCAACACCCAGCUGGAAAUAAAAGCAUGUCCUACCUGGCUGGGAAAAGUGAUCGGUAUGUAGUUGAACGGUUCUCUGCAAAGUGAUGGAGUGUUCCCCACUCAAGUGCCCUGGAGUCAUAGGCAAAGCCACUAUUAUACUAGUCCACACAGCAGUAUCUGGACACGCUUAGCAUGAGAGCUGCACAACACCUACAGGUGUCCAUUGACAUCAGCAUCGGAGAAAUCUAGUCCAAGAUUAAUGUGAAUAAAGACAACCAUAGUAGAGGGUCUGAAAUCCUGAGCUCACAGUGGUAGUCUUAUAGGAGAUGCAGCCCUGGACCAAAGGUCAGGCUGUAUGGAGGGAGCACACGUCUAACCAGCAAGUUAGAAAGGAAAGCAAUGGUGUCGGCUCACGUGAGAAUUCCGUAGAGGCUAAUUCCCAAGAUACUUAGUUUGCAGUUCCCAGGCAUAACUCUUCUGGGAGAGGUGGACAGAGGGGGGCAGCAUUGUGGCCCAUAAAUCCCCUGUAGCUGCAGAAGAGCAACAUUACUUUGAUUCUCUGUUGAGUUGGGGAUAGCGCGAGAGGUUGUUUCACCACCAUCUCAAUACAGCCUUGCAAACAUUUCAUAGGCUUUAAAUCGCGAGUGAACUUCGAACCAAAGCUAUUUUAAAUUCUUUCUGUAACUGUUUUUGCAGGGGCUCCAGGCACAGCUGGCCAAAAAGAUAGUGUUUGUAAGAGAUCCUGUGGGAACUGCCAAUGAA